AAAGACUUUUCUUCCAGAUGGAAAAUAGUUGGAAAUCAUCUAAUCUGCAAUUUGCCGGAAAAUACAGAAUUUCUCCGUAAUUAUCACUCCGUUCUGAACCUGAAAUCCAUCAAAGUUGCAGCCUUUGAUCUAGACGGAACACUCAUAGAUACCAAGUCAGGACAGAGGUUUGCGCGUACGGCUGAUGAUUGGCGGUUCUGGCUGCCUGAUAGCAAGACGGAAUCGAAAGUUUUAGAAAAACUAGCAGAUCUUAUAAAAGAAAAGUAUCUUAUAGUGGUGUUCACGAACCAAGGUGGAGUAAUAGCCAACAUUGCUAACAAGUCAUACAAUAACUUCAUUCAACGAGUCAAUUCUGUAGCCGCCAAAUUGAGCGAUUUCAUAAAUGGAAAUGAAACUGAGCUUUUGGUAUUUGCUUCUCCGAAAAAGCCUGGUGGGAAAACAGUACUAGUUUCUACAGACGAACAAUUCAAGUCCAUGAGAAAACCGGAAUCAGGAAUGUGGACUGAAUUAACGCAGUUUCUUCAAAAAAGUUCCGGAUUGGAUGUAGAUAUCCACAAUAGUAUUUAUGUUGGAGAUGCUGCUGGAAGAGUUAAAGACUUCCUGGACAGCGAUGCCAUGUUCGCAAAGAACAUUAAUUGUACAUUUAAGACUCCUGAGGAGUUCUUCGGUUGA